AUGUCGUCCUUCGCCCUUGUCAUGAGGAGGUCUGGCCUCGCCAUGGGCCGCCGCAUGGUCCGCUUCGAGUCGACUGCUCCCAACGCCGCGCAAAAGGCUGCCGAAUCCGCCAAGGAGUCCGCCUCUAAGGCCUCGUCCUCUGCCUCCGAUCUGGCCAGCAAAGCCACCCAGGGCCUGUCGCGCGUCACGUCUGCUGCCGGCCCGGCUCUCGCCGGCGCUGCCAAGGGCCUCGGCGCUGCUCUCACCAAGCUCGGCGGCCGCUCGGCUCGUCUGGUUGCCUUCGUCGAGCGCCAGACACCUCUCGUGGUCUACUACUCUAAGGUCGUUGUUGAGCUCGGUCGGUUGGUUGCCAAGGGGCAGAACAUGAGUCCGCCUUCUCUUUCUACCUUCCAGACCUACUUCCAGAACGUCUGGAAGCAGCUGCAGAACCCCAGCGCCCUUCUGCAAAAGGUCAACCCCCAGCAGCUCCGGAACCUCUCAAAAGCGCAGGUCGCCGCUGGCGGUGUCGUGUUCGCCGAGUGCCUGGGCUUCUUCACCGUUGGCGAGAUGAUCGGCAGGUUCAAGUUGAUUGGCUACCACGGCGAAGUCCACCACGAUGGCCACCACUAA